AUGGGGGCGGCGCGGCCGCGCGGCCCGUUUAAAACGGUGGCCGUAGCAGUUUCCGCCGACGUCGCUUCCAAAAAUCGCCUCCUCACGUUUCCGGUUCGGAUUCCCCUCGCGUCACACGCUCCCCUUCCCCUUCCCGCACGCUCUCUCCCUCGCGCUCCCAUGGCGUCCCUCUUCAGGGCUCGCCGGCGGCGAUCGCCGGAGGACGAAGGGGACGACGGCGAAGGAUCCGGAUCCGGGCGGGGCAAGCGCCGCCGCCUCUCGCCGGAGGAGGGCGCGCUGGUGCCGGCGGAGGGGGGCAGGAGCCCCGGGUGGCUCUCCACCAUCGUCACCGGGGCCAAGCGGGUCAUAUCCUCCGUGCUCUUCUCCUCGUCCGAGGAGCAGGCCUCCGGGGACGAGGAGGAGGAGGAGGAGGAGGAGGACGGCUCCGAGCAGGACUCCGAUGGAAACGAAGAUACCCGUGAUACUCAUGGAAAAAUAGUUCCUUACAGCGAGUCAAAGCUUGCCAUUGAGGAAAUGGUUUUGAAGGAAACAUUUUCAAGGGAUGAAUGUGAUAAGAUGGUAAAGCUAUUACAGUCACGUGUUACAGAUUCAGCAUUUCCUGAAGCCUAUGAGCAUGGGACACCAAAAGAAACCCCAAGCAGGAAUGGCCAUGAUUUUACUGGAGCUUGGCGUUCCUUGAAUCGCAAUAGAAAUGGCCCUGGGUCAGGUCCAUUUUUUAGUACCGGACCUGGUAACUUUUCUCCUGGCUCUCCUCUCCAAGCAUCACCUGAGCUAUGUAGUGCAGCAGUUAUGGAAGCAAAGAAAUGGUUGGAAGAGAAAAGGCAGGGAUUAGGCUCAAAGCCUGAAGAUCAUGGACCUUGCACAUUGAACACUGAUGUGCUUAAUGCUGACCUCAAAUCUGACAAGGGUUCUCCUGUCGAUUUAGCAAAAUCAUACAUGCAGUCAUUGCCACCAUGGCAGUCCCCUUUAUUAGGCAGUCGGAGAUUUAAAUCUCCACCCUCCGGUGGAGUACAUAUUAAUGAUGAAGAAGGAUCCAAAUACUUCUCAUCAUCGAAGGUCGACACCAAGGAAGACUUCCUUUCCAGUUCCAACUUCUGGGAGAACUUUGAUAUGCGAAGAGAUCACAUUAGAUUUUCUGAAACUGCAGAAGCUUCUAAGUCGAGGCCUCAUGGUUCUACUUCCAGAUUGUUUGAUAAUGGUGUCUCUAUACUCUCGCCAGGUACUCGUGAUGAAGUUGGACAGUCUGUACAGGGUUAUGAAGGUUCUGAUAAAGUUGCUGCAGCAGAACCAGCCAAUGAGUGCUCCUUACCUAUUUCACCAACUAAAGAUGGAAACCAUGGUGCUGUUGAUUCUGUGGAUCCUGCACCGAAUGACAGUGGCAAUCUUGUCCAAGAAUGCCAUGCUGCAUCUGAUGUUCAUCCUGAUGAGGUACCACAGGGGAAUGCAGAUGAGGUACCACAUGGGAACCCUGUGCCUCUCACAAGUGCUACGGAAGAGGCUGCCGACCACAGUGGAGAUAAAUCUGUGCCCGCAGAACCAGAAAUUCACGAAGAAUUGCAUAUGAACUCAACUUCAGAAUCAAGAGCAAAGGAUGCAGCCCCCCAGAUCCGGAUGAGUUUGCGUUCCCUAAAGAAAAAGGUCCACACGAGUUUAAAUGGGCCUACCAAGAAAAUCUCUGCCAACGGUCUUUUGGAUCGGUCAGACGGCAACUCAGGGAUAGAAUCCUCGGGCAAUGAUAAUCCCAGCUGCACUAACUCGAGCAGUGCUGUGCCUCCCAACAAUAAUGAGUUGAUCAACUCUGCAGCUGAUGCUUCAGCUGAUAACUCCGUCGAUAACGGCGCGAGAACAGUUUCAGAGAAACAGGCGGAUGGUAAGUCUGUCGAAAACGGCGCUGGGAAGGAUUCAGUUGAACCAGUAAAGGAAGACCCUAAACCAACUUACGUCAGACGUGGCCGGAAAAGGGCUGCUCGGAGGGCAUCAUGA